AUGAAAACGCCAACUUUAGUUUUGUCAGUUAGUGGUGGAUUUGAUUGUACAUUGAAUAUACACUUCGAAAAAGAAUUUAUAGAAACUGUUACCCAUGUAGUCUUAGGAUCAGAUACUUGGAUUUUCACAAAUGGCAAUAAAAAUGAAAUUGGUCCUCGAUUAGUUGGUGAAAUUGUUUAUAAAAACCGAUUAAAUCUUCUACGAAAUCCAAAUAGUGAUGACAAAAAUGUUUAUGCUAUUGGCGUAUCGAAUUGGGCAAAUAUAAAAAAUCGUCGAGAAUUAAUUCGAGCAGGAAAUACUCAGACAUCAGCAAGGCCAUCAAUGCUAGAACCAGGGGAUCCUGUUGAACGAAAAAGCUUGACUGGUAGACAAGAGUUAGAACCAAAUCAUACACAAUUUAUUCUUUUCGAUGAUGGUACACAGGAACCAUCGUAUGAUGAUCGAUAUCGAGCACAUCUUGUACGAGCCAUAUCACAAGGAGCGCAAAGAGCAAUACCACAAAUAACCAUUGUUCUUGCUGGUGGUUUAAAUACAUUAGAAGCUACAUUUGAUGAUCUUCGUGCUAAAAUACCAGUGAUUAUUGUUGAUCAUGGCGUAUGGUGCACUGGCAUGACCAAUGUGGGCGUCGGUGUCGCUUAUGGUGACAGUAGUCCUGAGAUUAAGCUGCGCACACGGAGCACUGGUAAAGCCGACGAGGGCAUUCGUGUCGAGAUUUCAGUUCGAGAUUUCGUAAUUGCCUAUGGCAUAAGUUCACUUAGUGCGAGUUCAUGUGAAUAA